CGCCACUCGGCCUUGGCCUGGCCCGCCUCGGCACGAGAAGAAGAAGAAGAAGAAGAAGCAGCAGCUGUCCUCUGGCCGCCUCAGCUGAUCCUGGUCGGCGUCCACUUAUCUGCCUUAUCGUCCUGACUCCAGCGGGGACAUGGCACUUUCGGCGUCCUUCGUCCUCCGCCAGGGGCUGAGGUGUAGCAGAGUCCUUAGGUCGGGCAGUGUAUUUCCCUCCCUAGUGAUGCCCCCACGACUGCUGCACCAGGGUGACCCCCCAGCCCUGCCCCAGCUCCCAGUGCCUCAGUUGCAAGAGACACUCCAAAAGUACCUCAAAACAGUCAAACCCCUUGUAACAGAGGAGGAAUAUAUGGUCACAGAGGAGAUAGUAAAGAAGUUUGGUAAUAUUGAUGGAAUUGGCCAGAAGCUGCAGCAAAAGUUGGAAGAGAGGAAGAAAAACACUGAGAACUGGUUAUCUGACUGGUGGAUUAAUGCAGCAUAUCUGGACUGCCGUGGACCAUUGGUGGUGUGGUCUUCCCCAGGGCUUGUGUUUCCGCUUCAGGAGUUCAAGACCUUAGAUGACCAACUUAAUUAUGCUGCCAAAGUAAUUGCAGGAACUCUGGACUACAAGAUCAUGGUGGACGAGAAAACAGUACCAGUGGACCGCAUGGGAAAGGACAUCUUAGACAUGUCUCAGUAUUUCAAGAUCUUGGGCACUUGUCGCAUCCCCGGGGUGACAAGGGACACAAUCAGGUUUUAUGGACAAGAAGCAGACCCCCCAAAACACAUAGUGGUGGCACAUAACAAUCAUUUUUUCAAGAUUGACGUUUAUGGGAAGCAUGGGAAGCCACUCAACGUGCGUCAGUUGGUGCAUCAGUUGCGUAAUGUUGUAGAGCGCUCAACACACCCCACAGUCCCUGUUGGCAUCCUCACCACACAAAACAGGAAUGUCUGGGGCAAGGCAUACAAACAACUCAGGAAAGACAAAGUAAACAAAGCUUCCAUCGAAGAGAUUCAGCGCUGCAUCUUCUUGGUGUCACUAGAUGGUCCUAUUGUUAACCCCACUGGCAACAUCAUGACAGAUGCAGCCCUCAACUGUGUCCACGGCAAUGGACCCCAGGGUUAUGCUGGCAACAGGUGGUAUGACAAGACUAUCCAGUUCAUCGUUGGGAAGAAAGGUGCCGUGGGCCUGACCUAUGAACACACACCAGCUGAGGGUCCACCUAUUGCCAACCUCAUGGAUCACAUCAUGGACUUCAUAGGCCAAUCUCCAAAGGAUGAAUUAGUGGCAGAGCAGCAAGACCCUCGGCCGCCGGCAGUGGAGUUGUCCCGGCCUCAGCGUCUCAUGUUUAAUAUCAGCUCAGAAAUGAAACAGGAAAUUGAGGAUGCCAAGAUUGCUCUGGAAAGUUUGGUUGGUGACUUGGAGAUGACUUGCUUCAAGUUUACAGGCUUUGGCAAGAACUUCAUCAAGUCUCAGAAACUAAGUCCUGAUAGUUUCCUCCAAAUGGCCAUCCAAUUGGCAUUUUUCAGGAUCCAUCAAGAGCCAGGAGCCCAUUAUGAGUCAGCAUCCACGAGGAAGUACAUCUAUGGUCGCACUGAGACAAUACGCUCCUGCUCGCAGGAAUCGGUGGCUUUUGCUCAGGCCAUGUUGAAGCCUGACCUUCCAAAUGCUGAGAAAGCAAAGGCUUUGCGGGCUGCUGUUGAAGAACAUAAAAACUAUUCCAAAAGGGCUGUAAGUGGCUAUGGGAUUGACCGCCACCUCCUUGGACUCAAAUUGGCUGCCAUUGAGGCAGGGAUGGAUGUACCAAAGCUGUUCAUGGAUGUUGGGUACCUGCGCAGCUCUCAUAUGCGUCUCUCAACAAGCCAGGUUCCUGCAAGGUGUGAGGCUUUCAUGUGCUAUGGCCCUCUGGUGCCUGAUGGGUAUGGCUGCUGCUACAACCCCAGAGGCGAUGGUGUGUUCUUUGGUGUCUCAGCUUUCAAUUCUUCUCCCGAAACAGACUCUGCAACCUUCCGUGAGGCCCUUGAGCAAAGCCUGAUGGACAUGCAUGAUGUUAUAGUUAAGGAUGGACUCAAAGCCAAGUUAUAGAUUACUUGUCAUUAGUCUUUCUGCAAUGCAAUACAAUAAUUAAGCUUGAGAUAUUUUUAGUAUAGCCUAAGUCCAUUCAGUAUGAAGAUACACCCACUGCAAUUGGUUCAUUGAACAGAUAAAUGAUGUAGCAAAAAUACUCUGUUGCCUUGAUAUUAUAUUCUUGUAUUUUUUGUCUUUUGUUAACUGUGGCUGUGAUUAUUAUUGGUCUAACAGUUUCAAUGAUUGAAGGGGGAGUGGUCAGCUAUGAAAUAAUUAACAUCAUGUUAAUCUGAUGUGCACAUUUGGUAAAGUUGCUUACUGCCAUAACCCUAACUCUGGGAGAUUGUAUAUUACAUAGAAGGAAAAGCUUACCAACUUACAUGUUUGUCAUCAUCAUCAUCAUCAUCACCAUCAUUACAGACCUCAUUUAUCAUUUAGGCAGUGAGGAAAAUUGAAAUUACUUAAAAUCAGGUAAAGAAGGACUGCCAGAUGAUAGAGGCUUAAGACAUCAUUCAAACUUAUGCCAUACUUAAGCAUCAGCAAUGAUCAAUCACGGUCAAUGUCACUAUGGUUCCUCCAGUCCAAUGAAAGUCUGGAACUGUGUUUUCAAUGCGUCCCAGCCACUCUUGUCUCUCAACCAUAGCUUAAAAGGCAAGGAACUGCAACUGUAAAGGUCUUCUUAUGCUUCCUUGAUGUAGAAGAGCAUUAGUUGAAAACCAAGAACUAGUACCAAUAUGUAUAAAUGAAAAGAAAAAGAGAAAAGUGGCAAUAUAAAAAAUUACAUCAAUCAUGUUUGUAGCCAUGAAAAUCUAAGAGUAUGGGUCGCAUGAGUGAUGUCAGAGGGUCUGAUGCCAUACAGUGGUUUUAAAGUCAGUUGACGGUGCUAUCAUGCUUUUUAAAUUUGCUCUAUGAAUAAGUUAUAUGCCAACCAUUGCAUCCAUCAUUUUCCUUUCCUCUCCCAUUCUGAUUUUUUCUCAUCGCCUAGAUCAAUGCUUUAAUGAAUAUUGUUCCACGAAGGGCAAUUCAUCAUUGUACCAUCAAAUGGAGACACUGUUCAAUUGGUACUCUGCAAUUCUUGAUUUUAAUUUGUAAGAUAGUGUUUUUUACAAACUUACAGUUAAUAGACCUCAUUAGCUGAAUAAGUUAUGAUAUUUAAUAAGCUUUGGAAUAGUGUACAUUUAAUUACCAGAAGUCUGAUGGUCUCAAGAUAUAUGUGGAGGGCAUUA